CUUGUCUUCCUGCACUCCUAUAAUAUUGUUUUAUACUUGUCGGUAUUACUUUUCAGCAUUAUCCUAUUUUUGUAGUCACACUAAAUUCAACCACACCACACACCUUACUAUCGACAUGGGUGCUGAAACCAAACGCAAGACUCGUCGCGGAAAGCGCGGUGGAGACGCCAAGCGCCCGAACGACACCGAUGACACUGGGGUUGCAACCCAAGACACACAGCAGGGUCAGUCCAAUGCUGCCUCCGCAUCAGCAGAGGGGGCCACCGGAUACGUUGCGCCGCCAAUGUCUUCAGGCGACUCGCUCUUCUUCCUCGAUACAAGCGCGCAGGCCGACAACAUGGAGGACCAAAUGGAGAAGGUCAGCCCGGCCUCCUACGGCCUUGUCAACCCCGACCUGCAAAAAUACCUGAAGAGCUGCGAGGGCAUGCUCGACGAGCCGAAGUUCGAGACAACUGAGGAUCGCGACAUAUUUGUAAACAAUGUGUACUCGGAGAUGAAGAACUUUGAGCUGCAGCUGACGACAGAUCACGAGUGCUCGCGUAUUCUCGAGAAGCUGUUCCAUAUCUCCAGCGAUUAUCAGAUUAGGCGGUUCGUCGCACUGACGCGCGAGGAUACCAUCAGGCUGGUGGUGCACCGGUUUUCGUCGCACGCACUCCAGACGAUGCUGCUGUUGUCGGCAGGGGCACUGGAGCGCGAGUUGCGUGGCGAGUCCAGCGACUUUGAUGGAAGCGUUGAGGUGGAUGAGAGCAGCGAUAAUCAGGGCGUGCGCACGGUUUUGCCGACGUUCGAGGAGCUGGUGCUGAGUUUGGCCGAGACGCUUUCUACACGGUGGUCGUACCUGAUGUCCAACGAGUACGCGUCGCAUAUUCUGCGCGUGCUACUUCUGGUCAUGGCGGGAAAGCCCAUCGAAGAUCAGUCCAACCCUCAGAGUGCCAUUAAGAGCAAGCGGUCGACCAAGUACAUGGAGGACAAGAGCAACGCGUCGAUGAGCCAGCGGUCACUGACAGUAUCGCGCGAGGUGCCGGCAUCAUUUGGCCCUGCGCUUGAGCGGCUGCUGAACACUGUGGGCGAUGCCAUGGGCGACGUGGUGGCGCGUAACUUUACCAACAAUGCGGUUGGCAGCCCUGUGCUGCAGCUGAUGGUGGAGCUGCAGGCUGGGUUCACCAAGACCGAGUAUCCUGGGUCGAUUUUAGACAAGACCCUGAUGAACCUGGCAUCCGCCGGCACGACGGAGAACCCCCGCCGCGACUCAUUCAUUACGAUAAUGCUUGGCGACGUUGUCGGUUCGCAUUUCUUGCAGGUUGUUGCCAAGGUUGCAUCCCCGCAGCUCCUGCAGGCAAUCUACGACCGGUACAUGCGUGGAAGCCUCAAGACGCUGUCUUUCCACCCGAUCUCCAACUUUGUUGUGCAGAGUGUCUUUGCCAAUGCUAAAAACGAGCGCCAGCUGAAGGCUAUGAUUUCUGAGGUUGCGCCCAUCUUCAGCGACUUGCUUUUCAAGAACCGCGCCGGUGUCGUCCGCGCCCUGAUCGACUCGUGCGUGCGUCUGGAGUGCGGGUAUAUUGAUCUCAUUAAUGCGCUGUACAACGGGCUCGGUGUGAAGUCGCCUGAGGAGCGCAUGGAGCUGAUCAACCUUCUGGCCUUCCUGAUACCUUAUAGGAACUUUGUCAGCGCCGAGUACAGUCAGCUGCCGUUUAAGGUGCAGGGCUCGCUGAUUAUCCAGUCGAUUUUGCAGUUCCCCGGGGAUGCCCAGACGCCCAUCAUGGACAGCUUCUUCAGCCAGGAUAUUGACAGGGUCAUCUCGUGGUGCAAGGAUCCUAGUGGCUCACGCAUAAUCGAGGCUAUUUUUAAAUCACCCAAUGUGCCGUUCAAAUCAAAGCAGCGCGUCAUGGAGCGGUUUUCCGGACGGUACACUGAUCUGGCUAUGAACAAGUACAGCAGCCAUACCGUCGAUGCAUGCUGGGGGAUCGCCGAUGUGGAGUUCAAGGAGACUGUUAUCUUGGAGAUGGUCAAGAAUGCAAAUCUGCUGCAAGACAACCAUUUCGGCCGCAUUGUGCUCCGCAAUUGCGCGUUCGAACAGUACAAGCGCAGGGCCGAGGAGUGGCGCGAGCGCGAGCGCGGAUUGGAGCGCAAGAAGCACAUGUUUAAGGAUAUUUUGGGCAGCAAGAUCGUCACCAGUGACGCCAAGCCGGCCACUACGAUGCCAGGUGCCCAAAAGUCCGCCAUAGAGGAUGGAUCUAAGGCUUCAAAGAAAAAGACGUCAAAGUCCUCGGGUGCUGAUGAAAUCGACUCACUUUUCAAGAAAUCGCACAUUCGCGCAUCGUCAAACGACCUGAAGCACAACCAGCCAGAGCAGACCUCCAACGACAUCUCUGUGGCUAUUGAUGCCAAGGGCGACAAGAAUCUUGAGGCUGUCAUGUCUGCCAUUUCGGGAACUAAGCGGAAGAGCAAGAGCAAGAGCAAGUCUGACAAGAAGGAUAAGGAGGACAAGGAGGAGUCCAAGUCUAAGAAAUCUAAAAAGUCCAAGGAAGAGGAUCGCAAGAAGCGCCGUGCCUUUGUUGGUUAAACAUUUGUGUUCUUUUUCAAACAUUUUUGUGCUACAAUAUGUGCCUCGUAUAAAAAACUUUUUUAUACUUUUAAUACCAAGCGAGCAAGUGUAUUGAAGC